CAACUCAGGCAGGUGAGUACCACAAAUUCUCUUACUGCUUAGGAGUUUCUCCCGGGCACUGAAGUUUACCUUUUGCUUUUUCUGCUGCCCUUUGGCCUAGUCCAAGCAAAACAGUGUCUUCUGAGUUUUAUUAUCUCCAAGGAAAAAGGGGUCCUUAGUCAUCAACAGCAGCUGCUGUAGCAUCAAGCACCUCUCAGCCUUAAAAACAUCAGAGUGGAACUCUGAAAUACGGUUACUUCGUUAAAUUCUCCAGAAGUCUGAAGCUAAGAGAAGACAAAAGAUUUGCUUGUCUCCUGCAGAAUUUGGGCUUCUAACGAAUCUGGUUGGCUCUGGAAUCCUUGGUCUUGGUCCUCCCUCCUUGGAGAAAGAGAAAAUGGUUCACUUUUCUGCAAAAAACGGUGUCUCUUGUUGGGAGUGCUUGAGGACUGUUAUUUAUUUGGCCUGCUCUUAAUGACAACUCCUCACCUACCUGCCCAGUCUUAGGAGGAGCCCUGGCUGGAAUUUCCUGUUUUCUGAGGGCUCCCAGGGGCUGCCCUGCACCGCCGUUCCUGGGUGUUCCAGGCCAGACUUGCUGCCUCUCCUGGUUAGGCUGGCUUCAGGCCCUACCAGGUCUGGGCUUGCAGCCUCAAGUGGAAGAGUCGAGGGACUCUAUCGGCCCGCACCAGGUGCCUAGAGGCCGUUGGUCCGUGCGCCCCGGCCGCGGCCCCGGCCCGGGUCCAGCCCCGCGUCCCUCGCCAUGGGCCUGGCCUUCGCCUGUGGGCCCUGAGCAUGGAGCGGGGCUGGCCGCCCGGGGCAAGCUGCAGCGGGGAGCGGCCGGCCGUCUGCCGCCGCGCCCUCAGUGUCUGCGACUCGCUGGACCUGCACAGCGCCUCGGCCGACCGGACCGCCGCCGCCCUGCAGGCCGCCUUGUGCGCCGCGCACGAACAGCCUGCGCGGCCACGGAGCGUGUGCUCCGGGACUCCGGGGUCGGCGCCCUCUGGUGCGCGCGGCCUACUACUCGGCCUCUUGCGCCCGCGCCACGGCCGUCGGGGCCCUGCGCCCUCAGAACGGCCCGGCUCGCCGCCGCCCAGUCCUGAGCUCAGCCCCGCGCCUACCCGGCGCAGCCGCGGUCCUGGAGAGAGGGCAUCCAGGCCGCGGCCCACCAGCAUGACGUUCCUGGAGGUGAACCGUCUAGAGCUGGCGGCUACGGAGGCGCCGGGCACAGGGCUUGGACGCACGGGAAGCUCGGGCUUCCUGCGAGGAGCGUCGCUGUGGAGUAGCCAGCGCUGGCAGGUGUUCCGUGGUGGUGGCAGCGGCCGCGGCGCAGAGAGUCCCCGGCGCGGGCUGUCCGCGCUCAGGAAGAGCUUUAGCUUCCGUCUGCGCCGCGGCCAGGAGAUCCGGCGCUCCGAGUCCGGGCUUCUUGCCCGGCCACCCCGCACGCGUACCCGCAGCGACGGCGACGCCAGCUCCCUGGGUACCUUCCCCAGUCGCCGAGACUUGCUGGGCACCGAUACCCCGUGCCCACCACCGGAGCCUGGCCGCCCCCGCGCCGCCGCCAGCCUCUGGAAGCUGCUCACCAGCCGCUUCCGCCGGAGGGAGCCCGCGCCCGCAGCGCCGCUGUGGAGCCGCCGGGCAGCCCCAGCCCCAGGAUUCCUGGGCGCGCACAGCGACUCAUUUGUGAACAGCCAGGAGUGGACCCUGAGCCGCUCUGUGCCGGAGCUUAAAGUGGGCAUAGUGGGGAACCUGUCUAGUGGGAAAUCCGCCUUGGUUCACCGGUAUCUGACAGGGACCUACGUCCAGGAAGAGUCCCCUGAAGGGGGUCGGUUUAAAAAGGAGAUUGUGGUGGAUGGCCAGAGUUACCUGCUGCUGAUCCGAGAUGAAGGAGGCCCCCCUGAGCUCCAGUUUGCUGCCUGGGUGGAUGCGGUGGUGUUUGUGUUCAGCCUGGAGGAUGAAAUCAGCUUCCAGACAGUGUACAACUACUUCCUGCGUCUCUGCAGCUUCCGGAAUGCCAGCGAGGUGCCCAUGGUGCUGGUGGGCACGCAGGAUGCUAUCAGUGCUGCCAAUCCCCGGGUCAUUGAUGACAGCAGGGCCCGCAAGCUGUCCACAGACCUGAAGCGCUGUACCUACUAUGAGACAUGCGCAACCUAUGGGCUCAAUGUGGAGCGAGUCUUCCAGGACGUGGCCCAGAAAGUGGUAGCCUUGCGGAAGAAGCAGCAGCUGGCCAUCGGGCCCUGCAAGUCCCUGCCCAACUCACCCAGCCACUCGGCCGUGUCUGCUGCCUCCAUCCCAGCUGUGCACAUCAAUCAGGCCACGAACGGCGGCGGCAGCGCCUUCAGCGACUACUCCUCCUCAGUCCCCUCCACCCCUAGCAUCAGUCAGCGGGAGCUGCGCAUCGAGACCAUCGCUGCCUCUUCCACCCCCACGCCCAUCCGCAAGCAGUCCAAGCGGCGCUCUAACAUCUUCACGUCUCGAAAAGGUGCUGACCCGGACAGGGAGAAGAAAGCUGCAGAGUGUAAAGUGGACAGCAUUGGGAGCGGCCGGGCCAUCCCUAUCAAGCAGGGGAUCCUGCUGAAAAGGAGCGGCAAAUCCUUGAACAAGGAGUGGAAAAAGAAGUAUGUGACACUGUGUGACAACGGGCUGCUUACUUACCACCCCAGCCUGCACGAUUACAUGCAGAACAUCCACGGCAAAGAGAUCGACCUCCCGCGGACCACAGUCAAAGUACCAGGGAAGCGCCUGCCCCGAGCCACGCCCUCCACAGCCCCGGGCACCAGUCCCCGUGGUGCCAACGGGUUGGCCCUGGAGCGGAGUAACACACAGCUGGGUGGUACCACAGGUGAGGCGGCUGCUGUGGUGGGGAGCGGCUGCUGUGGUGGGGAGUCCUGGGCUGGCUCUCGCCCUGAGGGGUUGCACCAGCGCUCCUGUUCCAUUUCCAGCACUGACCAGUGGAGUGAGGCAGCUGCCCUGCCUGCCAGCGUGCAGCGUCCUGAGACAGAGGAGUCCUUUGAAUUUGUGGUGGUGUCCCUCACUGGUCAGACCUGGCACUUCGAGGCGUCAACAGCGGAAGAGCGGGAACUGUGGGUGCAGAGCGUACAGGCCCAAAUCCUCGCCAGCCUCCAGGGGUGUCGCAGCGCCAAGGACAAGACCCGGCUGGGGAACCAGAGCACAGCCCUGGCUGUGCAGACCGUCCGCACAGCCCGUGGCAAUAGCUUCUGUGUUGACUGCGAAGCUCCCAAUCCAGACUGGGCCAGCCUGAAUCUGGGUGCCCUGAUGUGUAUCGAGUGUUCAGGGAUCCACCGACACCUGGGAGCUCACCUGUCCCGAGUCCGCUCCCUGGACCUUGAUGACUGGCCACCCGAACUGCUAGCUGUCAUGACCGCAAUGGGCAAUGCCUUGGCUAACAGUGUCUGGGAGGGGGCUCUGGAUGGCUACUCGAAGCCAGGCCCAGAAGCCUGCAGAGAGGAGAAGGAACGCUGGAUCCGGGCCAAGUAUGAACAGAAGCUCUUCCUGGCCCCGCUGCCGAGCUCGGAUGUGCCGCUGGGGCAGCAGUUACUCCGGGCCGUGGUGGAGGAUGACCUGCGGCUGCUGGUGAUGCUGCUGGCCCAUGGCUCCAAGGAGGAGGUGAACGAGACCUACGGGGAUGGCGAUGGCAGGACAGCCCUGCACCUGUCCAGCGCCAUGGCCAACGUGGUUUUCACACAGCUGCUCAUCUGGUACGGGGUGGACGUGAGGAGCCGUGAUGCCCGAGGCCUCACCCCACUGGCCUAUGCCCGCCGUGCCGGCAGCCAGGAGUGUGCAGACAUCUUGAUCCAGCAUGGGUGCCCCGGGGAGGGCUGUGGGUUGGCACCCACUCCCAACAGAGAGCCUGCCAACGGUACCAACCCUUCUGCAGAACUGCACCGCAGCCCUAGUAUCCUAUGAAGCUCAGGAAGAGGCCAGAGGGACCAGAAGGACUCCACAGCCUGGAGGAGACAUGGCGAAGCAGGGGUGCAGAGAAGAGGGGUGACGAGGGCGCAGGGAUGAAGAGGUCUGUGAUUAAGCAGCAGCAGAGCAGGGUCUGUCGUUCAGCCCUCUGCCCUGUGGUGCCAUUAAAGGACAGAACCCUUUGGAGGUGCCUGUGAGGAGAGGGGGGCAGGACCUCUCCCUCCUCCAGAACCCUGCCUCCUCAGGACACCUCCCACAGUCCUCCCUGCAGUGGACAGGGACACAGGACACAAGAUGGGGUGCCAGAUGAAAGAAAGACAAGGGGCGAUCUGUGAGUCCCAUGUAAAACUUGUACAUUGGAAUAUUUAUGUUCGUGUAUAUACGUGGUGUGUGUGUAUGAUGAGCCAAUAAACCAGGCUGUAUGUGUGGC